CGCCGCGCGCCACAACGACCGUCGGAUCUAGCCGUUGAGUUUUUCCACUUGUUACCGUAUCGCACCCACGUCCAUACUGUACUCUUCUCCUCUACCCCACCGUUUGAUUUUUUUUCCUUUCCAUUUGUUUCGUUCGCUACUCUGGACCGUGAACGUGCGUCCGAUUUGUCUGCACAAGUUCGAUCACACAACCCGCGUUCUCGUCAAAUUCUCAAAUCUCCAGGAUUGUGAUCUGUGAUCCAGUGCCUGCGGCUGUCGACUGAUCCUGAUCUAGUGUUCUGAGAAAUGAAUGCGUUGGUUACAGUGUGAAAUCAAAUGUUAUUACCAACGAAACGCAACCUAACGUAACGGAGAAAUGUAACAAAAAUGAAAAUAUUCAUCAACAUAGUAUUUUGUGAGUGAAGGAAAAAUCGAAAAGUGAGACACGUAUUUUCACGUAUGUUUCUUGAGGGAAGAAAUUGUUCCCUUGGUUUUUUGGUUCAAAUGUGACGUCUUGGUUCGCCUCUACGUGUUUUCCGUGGAUAAGCUGAUAAAGCAUUUACAUCCAACCUCAACAGCAUCUGUUUACGUGACCAGUGUAACUAGUUGACUUAACCCAAGCUCGUGAACAAGUUCUCGUUUUCACGGAACGUUCUCUAUGGAUCGUCUAGUAAUCGCAACGGGGAAUUUUCAAAGGAUGUUGCAGAUUCUACAUUACUACUGAAGCUUCGAGGGAACGCGCGCUGUAACCUGGAUUAGGUGCACUUGGAAACUCUGGUGCACCAUAUUUUUGUCGAAUUUUCAUUUCAUCGAGUAUUCACAUUGCCCUCUCGUGUGAAAAAGACGCGUUCGCCCGUGAACGAUCAGCCGUGAAUCGAAAGCCUGGAUUAAUUCGCGGCUGAAUGGGAUCGCCGGUGCAUCGACCUCUCUUCGAGUAUAAUACCUGUUGUCCGAAUUUUACUAGUUUUUUUUCACUCAUCUUUUUUUCUUUGCUCUUUACCUGGCUCUUUCGCGAGAAGCUCAAGUGAAAAGUGAAUGACGUUCAACUUUCGUCGACCGUCCUCGAUCUUGGGAUAAUAAUGUUCGGCGGCAGACGGUCGGUUGCUUUGUUCGGCGCGAUGAUUCGCCUGUUUCCUGUUUGAUGAAUCUCUACGGACUUCAAAGCAGGCCAGCGUAAGAAAGGGACGCUUCUGAAGCCCCGUAAUAGAAUUCAAUGUAAGAAAGAGGAAAAAGCGUGGGAUCGACAAGGUCUGGUUAUUCGGAUAAAAGAAAUCCCGGACACUUAUCGAACCUUCCCGUCCAGUAACUUCGACGUGGAGCUAAAGCUUCUUGGAAACGGUUUGUAGCGUUCAGUGAAACCACGUUAUCAUCGAGAAUCAAGAUCCAACUCUGUGUACCCGAAAGGAGCCGAUUCAGCCGUGCGUAGCAAGUGAAACGAACACGCUGGCCGGAAGUGCCGCCUCAAUGGGAGCGGGUCCUCGUUCCAGAGGGCUGCAUUCGGAAAGACGUCAGCCUCGCGCAGUUCGAUGGACCACAGAGAAUCGCGGCGAGAAAACAGACGCAGAAGUUGAAACGGCUGGGAGACACGAACGGUGUUGGCCAGCCCAGCUCGUUGCAACUUGCUCCGCAGCGAUAGGGCAAAUGGAAAAGUUGGUGAAUGGAGCAACGACGAUACUUCUCCCGGCUUGCUUGCUAAAAACUUUCACGAGAGUGUUCCAUAGUCAGCGUGGAUCACGAACGAAUCUUUUCUACUUUUCUAAGUGUGUCGUUCAUCGGGACCAACAGUAACUGGCAGUAUGUCCAUAAGCUGGCUUCAUUAGCCGUAAUCAUUUACCAGGAAACGACAAAGUGACUCGUGCAGUAUCACUGACUGCGAUCGAGGUUUCAUUGGCCAUUAAUGUUAAUCACAAAGUAUCACGCGGAUACGUCGUCCUCGACUGGCCUAACAAUUUUUUUGCUACGUCGUUGAAAUGUUAACGAACGCGGUGUGAUCGUGGGAAAUUAAAACAUACGAGAAGAAACAUUCUGAAGAAAUCUGGAUAUUCCUGAAGUCGUCGAUCGUUACGUUCCCAACAAUCGUGCCUUCCAUUUUGUCAUGUAGCCUCGAGAAUGUUGAAUCACUGUAUGGAAACGAGUGUCUGAAAAAUUCUAUGAAUUUUUUUUUGUUCGUCCUAUCGGCGUAAAGCGCAACUGUAGCAACGGCGCGUUCUUUGGUAGUUCGUAAUUCGCAGUUCGCACGUUCCGAACUUGCCGCCAAAAUCAUAAUCCUGACGAAUGUCGCGCGUUCCCACUGUCAGUGAAAGAUGUGGAAAGCAGCCGGAGGAUUUGACACACGGGAUCUCCGAUUUGAACGAAUUCGAGGAAUGACCGUGUUCGCACUUGCUGAAGCGACCGGUUAGGAAUCGAAUCGAUGAAGCACAUCAGCCAGCUUGUUGAAAUGGAGGUGAAGUAGGAUUACUUCAAUACUUGGGUAAUCCAAAGAAGAAUGGAGGUAGAUCGACGAAGAAUUUAUGGCGGAUAGGUUCCAUUAACGGCGAGACAAAUCUCGAUGCGAGCGCAACUGUGACGAACUAAAAAUUGGAAUCGAACGAUCGGUUGUAUAGGCGGAGGAAUUCAUGCCUGAAGAAGGAACCAGCGGGGAGGUUCCUUUCGAAAAGGAACGAAGUAAGAAACAUAAAUUCUGAUAAUAUUGUUAUCUAAAUUCACAAGAAAUGACGUGAAAAGCGUGAUGUCAAUGAUGUAAAAAAUAUUUCAAAUUUGAGAACAUAUACAAACAAAAUCUUUAUUAAACACAAAUCCACAAAGUAUAAUCGAGGGAACAAAAUAGCUGAAAAGAAAACCAAACUGCCUAGCUAAAACUUUCCAAACUUAAUUAAAUUUUCUGAACAACAUUACUCAAAAAAACAACCUUGCGUGUCUUUAAAACGAACUUCCAAAUAAAAAUCCGAAUUUACCUAGAAAAAAAGAAAAAAAAGAAAAGAAAAGACAAUUAAAAGUCUAAACAGGGUAAAAACCACGUUACGUAUCUAGAGAAGCAACAAUCAUUCCAGCGAUCAAGCUGUGUAGUCGCGGUUAGGAAAGAAAAGGAGACGUCGUUCGCAAAGAUUUCAGUGCUAUGCAUCGCGUUGGCUACUGGAGCCUCGAUGACCUUGACUCAGCGAGCAUGAAGCACCCAUCGAGGUCACCGGGACUUGAGAUUGCUAUGGCACUGUUCGGCAUGGUCUGGCUGUUGCGUGUCCGCUCGGAGAUGCGUCGUUGCUCGAAAUGUCGGCACGAAGAGAUCCUGGCGGCCCAGCAACAGCAACAACAACAACAACAGCUGCAGCAGCAACAGCAACACCAUCAUCUCCAUCAUCAUUCCCAUCACCAGCAACGCACACUGUCGCAGACUACCAGUCUACUGCAGACCCCCGACGAUGCGGUCAGCUCGUCGGCAAAUACACUGUUCACUUUGGACACGCCUGGCGCCGUCGGUUCCGCCGGAAGUUACUGCGAGGUGCACGGAUUCGUGCAAGCGAAAGAAGAUAUCCAGGAGUUUUACGAGCUGACGCUGCUCGACGAGUCAAAAUCGGUGCAGCAGAAAACGGCGGAGACGAUCCGCAUCGCCGACAAAUGGGAAGCCAGUGAUGGGCCAAUUACGCCGACCUUCGCUCAAAACGACGGUGGUCCAGACUUCCCGGUGAACCAGACUCUGUCGAACAUUUAUGGCCGCACAUCGGCCAGUCCAGAGGCUCCAGUCUACGUAGACGAAACUCAGAAAACCCGUUACACUGGUGGAGGAGUGGACGAGCAGCUGCCACCGCCGCCUUCGCCACCCCAGCUGAAAGAGACAGGACAACUAGACGGAGUUCCUAGACCGAAUUCGGUCGAUCGUAUCCUACAUCCUGAUGGUAGCCAACACAUCCUAACUAGCCACGAGGCCCUGAACAAGAGUCACGACAGCUGGCAAGGACACGACGGGGACCAGGCACACACGCCCCUUCUUGCGGCUGACACGAGACAUGUCAACGGAGACGAUGACUGGGAGUACGAGGAGAUUGUACUCGAAAGGGGUGGUGCUGGGCUUGGCUUCAGCAUCGCCGGGGGCACAGACAAUCCACACUUCGGCAAUGACACUGCCAUUUACAUCACGAAACUUAUACCGGGCGGUGCCGCGUCCGGGGACGGUCGUCUACGCGUCAACGACACGAUACUCCAGGUGAACGACGUUUCCGUUGUCGACGUACAACACGCGGCAGCCGUCGAUGCGCUCAAACGAGCAGGGAAUACCGUUAAACUAUACGUACGUCGACGGAGGCACACGCAGCUGAUCGAAAUCGAGCUAAUUAAGGGUAGUAAGGGCCUCGGUUUCAGUAUCGCUGGAGGUAUUGGCAAUCAGCAUAUACCUGGUGACAAUGGAAUCUACGUAACGAAAAUUAUGGAGGGCGGCGCCGCGCAAGUAGAGGGCCGUCUUGUCGUUGGAGACAAAUUGGUAGCCGUCAGAAAUGCCCUGCAGGGCGACAAGAACCUCGAAAAUGUGACGCACGAGGAAGCGGUGGCGACACUGAAGGCAAUCCAGGAUCGCGUGGUUCUUCUGGUGGCGAAACCGGAAACCGGAAUCGUGCCCCCGCCACCACCCCCUAUGGCCUCGGACAAUUCGCUCUCACCGCAACCACGAAAACAAAAUGGUUCUGUGUCGGCGCUGGAGAACAACUCGACGCUGCCGUAUUCGCAAGAAUCACGUCACGCGUCUUCUCUCGCUCUUCACGGCGCGGCCACGCCACGAGCUGUUUCUCAGGAGGACGUAUCACGAGAGGUACGUACGGUCGUGCUCAACAAAGGUUCCUCCGGCCUGGGUUUCAAUAUUGUCGGUGGCGAAGAUGGCGAAGGAAUUUUUAUUUCCUUCAUCCUAGCCGGAGGUCCCGCCGACCUCAGCGGUGAACUACGUCGCGGCGAUCAGAUACUCAGUGUCAAUGGCAUUAAUCUUCGGACAGCCACCCAUGAAGAGGCCGCCGCGGCCCUUAAGGGUACCGGGCAGACAGUGACGAUCGUGGUGCAGUAUAAGCCCGAAGAUUACAACAGAUUCGAGGCUAAGAUCCAUGAUCUUAAACAACAGAUCUCUCAGCAGAAUUUGAUGACAGGCACCCUCAUGAGGACUUCGCAAAAGAAAUCGCUUUACGUUAGAGCGCUGUUCGACUACGAUCCUAACAAGGACGACGGUCUGCCGAGCCGUGGUUUGGCAUUCCGUUACGGUGAAAUCCUACACGUGACGAAUGCCAGCGACGAUGAAUGGUGGCAAGCCAGAAGAGUGACUCCUCAGGGCGAAGAGGAGGGUCUCGGCAUAAUACCGUCACGCAGACGAUGGGAACGGAAGCAACGCGCCAGGGAUCGUUCCGUCAAAUUUCAAGGCCACAUGCCGGUCAUCCUCGACAAGCAAUCAACACUGGAUAGAAAGAAGAAGAACUUCUCAUUCAGUAGGAAGUUCCCGUUCAUGAAGAGCAAGGACGACAAAUCUGAAGAUGGUUCAGAUCAGGAACGGUCGCCCACGACACCCGAGAACGAAAACGAUCCUACACCAUUCAUGCUGUGCUACACCCAGGACGACACUAACACCGAAGGGAGUAGAGAAAUUUUGUAUCGUGUCGAACUGCCUUAUAUGGAGGAACUGACGUUAGUUUAUCUGGAACAGGAGGACGAUAAGAAUAAUGACGAGUGUAGCAGCGAAGAAAACGUGCUGUCGUACGAGGCAGUGCAGCAACUCACCAUACAGUACACCCGACCUGUCAUUAUCCUCGGUCCUCUCAAGGACCGCAUCAAUGACGACCUCAUCUCGGAAUUCCCGGAUAAAUUCGGCAGCUGUGUGCCACAUACAACGAGGAGUAGAAGAGAGUACGAGGUGGACGGGCGUGAUUAUCAUUUCGUCGCAUCUAGGGAACAGAUGGAGAGGGAUAUUCAGAAUCACUUGUUCAUUGAGGCCGGACAGUAUAAUGAUAAUCUAUAUGGCACGUCCGUGGCGUCCGUGCGAGAAGUUGCUGAGAAGGGGAAACACUGUAUUCUUGACGUGAGCGGAAAUGCCAUCAAGAGGUUACAAGUGGCGCAGCUGUAUCCCAUCGCCAUUUUCAUUAAACCGAAGUCCGUGGAGUCAGUUAUGGAAAUGAACAAGAGGAUGACCGAAGAGCAAGCGAAAAAAACGUACGAACGAGCACUGAAGAUGGAGCAAGAGUUUGGAGAAUACUUUACUGCCGUGGUGCAAGGUGACACGCCCGAAGAGAUCUACGUGAAGGUAAAGGAGGUAAUCGCCGAGCAGUCAGGCCCGAAUAUUUGGGUACCGUGCAGAGAUCAGCAACUGUGACGUCCUGCCCCCCACGCUCAGCCCGGUCCGAACGCUUGGACUCUACCUCCGAGGCGUCAAGCUUAAUUACUCUUAAUAAAAUAAUCGAGUAACUCUCUAAUGCCUUCCCCGUCCCUGUCCCAAAACCCGUUCCACCUCACUUCAACCCACCUUCCACACACACACACCCGCCCAAUCGAGUAGCACAAUGUUCCAGUUAAGGCGUUAGCCGCGCACCAAGCUCGUCGAAAAAAGAAGACUUCGCAAAUAAAGCUGACAGUAUGUGAAGGUUUAGAGGAGUAGAACGUUCAUGGGAGGAGAUUAGGUUAAGAGAUUAGGCAGAGGUUAAUAGUAAUCGAGCAUGUUUCGAAACGUGUUCGAAGUCUCCAUCGCGAGAACUUGGAACUCGCGAUCACGCCGCGAGAAAGGUUUCAUUGUUGAUUAUAUAAGGAUAAAACAGUCAAUGGCGUGUUCCAGCUGUAAUUGUUAUCCGUUUCGACGAGAGAUCUGAUCGCAGAAUAUUUAAGGCGUUUUAAGGGUCCUUCCACCGAGAGAUUGUUAGGAGGAAGGAUACAUGUUAUAAUGUUAAUACCAGAAAUGUUUCGUUGUAUUACGAUGUUUUCUCAUGAUUUCCACUUGACGAGUGGGUUUGUUGAGCAAGAUUACGAGCAUCGUCGCGUACUUGUCAUCACGUUAAAUUUUUAUCACUGUGUUAAGACGUCAAACACGAAUACACAGCAGUUCGAUCGUUAACAGGAAUCAACCUCCUUGUCGCAACAAAGAAUGUAAAGUUGCUUCGUAAUUUGCAACGUAAGAGAAAAGCACGGAGGACUGCAUCGUGUAUUCAUCUCGGUAUUGAUUUUAACGCGUGUGCAUGACGACUCGACCGGCACAACGGAGCCGAUUCGUCGAGAAGACGUGUGUUUUACCGAAAGACUAGCGUCGCGAUUCUUCGAUUGAUUGAAUCGCGACGUGUUCUGUGUGUGUUAUGUUGUAUGUAUACAGUUCACGCAAUUGCUUGAAAAUACGACGAGAAUAGCGAGUAAUAAACGAAUGAUCGGUAUUUGGCCGAGGUCGAACGAGAAAGAGGUGAACCGAGAGGGUAUGAGCGAGAAAACAAAAAAAUAAUAAAAGAUAAUAGAUGUUUAAGAUAGAUUUUCGUCGCGAUUAUUUGUAUGACGCGCACAGCACGUUAGACGCUUAAACAAAGAAUUUUUCACGCGCAAAUCGCGACGAUUACGGCGAUGAAAGCGUAACAAUGAAGAAAGAAAACGAGGCAAGGUACGAGAAUAUACUGAAAAAAUAAAGUAAAUGAAAAAAAAAAAAUGAAAAAAAGAAUCAAUAAAACAUAAUACUUGGCUUCACCGAACAUACUAUAUAUGUAUAGCUUGGUCCGGUUAAUUCUGAGCGAAGUAGCGCGGUAUUUUUUAAUGUACUUAAUCACAAUAAAAAGCGAACAAGAGACAGAGGGGAAUCGAAAACAUUCAUUGUCUGACGAGAUGAAAUUUGAACGUAUUAGAAUGUACUGGCAGGACAAACGGAAUAGAUAUAAAGGGAACUAGAAAAGCAGGAUAAUGGGACAUUCUCAUUGAGAGUCUGUUCCACGAUAUGUUCUUUUUUUUUCUUUUUUUUUCUUGCUAUGUUGAGAAAGAAAAAAGGAAGAGAAAGAAGCAAAUAAAAUAGAGAAAAUGAACAAGAAGCGAUAAGAUCCAGGCGCAUGUUACGAACCUCACGAUUCAUCAAACCUCACAGGACAAAUCUCUAGAUGCUAGAAUAGCGGUAUAUAAUGUUUUGUACAGCUAGAUUACUAAGCCAGUACUGGGUUAUGUGCAACAUUAUAUAUACAUAUAAAUAAAAAUAUAUAUAAAUAGAAUGCGCGCGAGAGAGGGAGAAACGGGCAGCAAGGAGAGGAAGAAUGAACGCUAUUGUAAUUUAAAUACCACUACUAAAUUAUUAUUACGAUAGUAGGUAUAUAUAUACAUACAUACAUAUAUAUAUAUAUAUUAUUGUAAAUAUCUAUAUCCGGGUAAUCGAGAUGGUUAUGGUGGUAGCGUGUAACCGAUUAGGAAGCAGGUGGUAGCGAAUAUUUCUCGAGCGUAUCGAAACAAGGAUAUGACGCGACGAGUUGUACACAUCCGAUGCAAAGAGGAACCGUUACUUCCGAGUUUCGUUUUCUACGAUUGGCCCGUGCCAAUCUAUAGAAAGCUAGAUACGUAUGCGUAAAGAUAGAAGGAAAACGGAGCAGUUAUUAACAAGAACAGGUCUCGCAAACAGUCCGCGUUCUAUAACAUUCUGAAAGAAAAAUUUUGCGAAUAACUUUCAGCACUAUCUAGAUUAACGAAACGCCUCCGUUAUUCAGCCAUUUUCACACAGGCGAUUAAAAAAAUGAAAAAAUUUACGAGAAGAAUCAUCGAAUGGCAUCUUUUCGAUCACGUUACGUGUCCUGUGUUGAAGACAGAUCUGCAUAUGUGAGCAUUAAAUCUGGACGAGUGGAUACGAAAUGACUAAGGAAGUCGCUCAUCUAAAUACACAGUACUUACGAGUGAAUAGAAAAAUGCGAGAGCAUUUGACGUACUGAGGAAAUGGUGUAGGAAGGGUGAUGUAAUGAAACUGUAGCAAGGGUUAUGAAAUAAAGAGAGAGUUUAUACAGAACGCGAGAUGCAUCGUUUGGGACAGAAUGCUCGUUUAGUCAAAGCUUGUACGUAGCUAAAACUGUAUAUCGUCGCAAUGACCACACACCUACAUCUCUUAUUUCACAAUCGCCGAUCGUGCAAGCGAUUUCGCUGAUCGUUUCGCCAUCGUUAAUUGCCUUUCCUUCGGUUGGACGAGCGAAAAGGGCCGAUUUUGCGUCCUUUUUUCCUUCCGUUUUUAGUUUAUUCGUAGGAUGUGAUUCGCGCGAUCGAACAACAUCGAUUGACUGUCGGGUAUAAUAAUAAUUAGCAAGGGUACGCUUUCUACGAGCUAUUUUUCCUACGACAGAAUCCUGUGUUUAGAAUCGUUAACGCAACAGCCGUCACACGCAUUUACAAGAAAAAGAAAUAAAAAAAGAGAGAGGGAUAAUAAGUAAAAAGGGAGUCGUAUUAUCGAUAAUUGAAGGAUGAAUCGAAUGGCAAGAAACGUUGACGUAUUAAUAUUAUCGCACAGGACGUGCCUGAAAACAGAGAAAUUAAAGGAAAAGUGAGAAGAUUUGGCUUCGCCGAAAAAUAAUGAGACAACCUUUAGAAAAAAAUAAUAGAGGAAGAAGUUGAGGAAGUAAGAUGAUGAAAAAGACGUUUGUCUCGAUGUAAAGGAACGUAUAAAAAGAAUAAUUACUACAGACACUUAUUAUACAUCUCUAUAGUCUAUUUAAUAAUAUUACUUAUUGAAUUGUCAAUCUCAUGUUCACCUUGUUUCAUCGUUUUUAAAUAGUUAAUAAACGUUUUACCAAUUUUAAA